AAUCGGGAUUUUAUAACCUUUACUUGUCAUUUAUUUAUUAGUCUGUGUCAUGGUCUAUAUGUACUUAUCAGCAACAAACUAUUUACUCUUUGUAUUGAACUAUUUAUCAGGAAAAGAUUGUGUGUAACCUAAAUUGAAUUAGGUUCCGAAUGAUUUUGUUGGCAAUAUUUAGUAAAUUAAAAACAAUUGAUAGCAUAAUUUUCAGUCAGUUUGACAGUUUCAAGAAGGAGUGUGUAUUAUAAUAUUGCUUCCUGUAUCCAACAUGCCUGUGUCAGUAAAGAAACUACAUAUUGCCAAGGGACUAAGUGAACUCAAAGAGAAGAAUUCAAUAGCAAACAUGUCAAACAUUUUAUCAAAUAAUGAAUCUGAUAAAAUAGUUCAUCUGGUGGAAGUGACAAAAAAGCUAUACGAUUCCGCAUUAGCUGAACUAAAUGAAGCCGAAAAAGAUGAAGAGAAGACAUUUAUAUAUCUCUUUAGGUACAUGGAGUUGUGGACAUCUGUAAUUUUCAAAUCUGAAGAAUACUUAAAACAUCAAAAAUAUUACAAGGAGAUAUAUGGUGAUAAUAUAAAGAAAGUUUUUGAACUAUUAGAGAAAUAUACAGAAAAACUUCAACUAAGGUAUGCUGAAUUGAAUGAAAGUGUGGAAGAAGACAGUGGCAAAGUCACAUAUGAUUUAUCAUCAUAUAAACUGGAGUCCAGUAUUACCAUGAAAAAAAAGAAAAUAGAAAUCAAGGAUGCUAAAGAUAACCCAGUUAUCAAUGGUGGUAAAAACCACAUUUUCAUUCAGGAUAAAGGCUUUCGAGACAAAGAUAAUCACAAACAAGAGAUAUCAGAUACAAACAAUGAUUUGAAUUACGUUGAGGAGAAAAAGUUCAUACUUUGUGCAGAGCUGAAGAAAAUGUUGCCCACAAAUAAAGGUGUACUCAUACUGGAUAUUCGGCCCAGUGAUGACUUUAAGAAGUCUAAGAUCAGUCAAAUGAAUUGUGUCAACAUACCUGCGACAUCAAUAAAUGCUGGCUUGAGUGCAAACAAGUUAGGUGAACUUAUAACAGACAACUCAGAGAAGUUCUACUGGAAUCACCGUGAAGAAUAUCAGCAGCUGAUUCUCUUGGACUGGCAUUCUGAAGAGAAAGAUGUGAUCCCUGCCAGCAGGCUGGAUAUCCUGCGAAACAUCCUACUCAAGUGGGAUCCACAAGUUAAAUAUAAAAAUGACCCUCUGAUCCUAGUUGGAGGGUAUGAGCGUUGGCUGGACAUGUAUCCAGUUCUGACUACCAAUUCCAAGAUUGAAUGUCCGCCGAAACAUGCCCACGACACAUUCAUCCCCCUCAGUGACCACUCUAUUGAGUACCCCAUUAGUGAUCUGGAUAAAACAAUUGUUUCCAAGCCUGAAAGACGGGAGAUACCAACACCAGCUAUACCAAUUGUGGACAGGUCUACUAAACCAGAGAAGAUUCUGGGAGUGGUGGACAAACCUGACCCAUCAUUCAAACUCAACAAGGAGGUUACAAGUGGCUUAACUGUCGUACAUCCUGAAUUUGAACCCAUGGAAGAAGAUAAGGUCCCUGUGAAGCCAGAGUUUUCCUCAACAUCUUCAGUCUCAGCUUCGAAAGACAACAUUGGAACAAAGACUCCAAAUAUUUCCUACCCUCAAGUGGUGAGUUCUCCUGUGCGCCCCAAAACACCUCCCCGGCUAGAGAAGUUUUACCCUACCACUCCAAAAAAGUCUGCGGACAAAGGAGAUGGUGAUAUAGGUACUAGUUUUGAGAGACUCAAAUCUGAUAGCGUGUCACGCAGCGGAGGACUUAAGAGAUCUAUUUCUUCACCCAACAUCAAUAAGUUGGCCAAUGAAGAUAUGGAUGCCACUCACUCUUCCUUAUCGCCCAGUCCAAAGUUCGACAGAAGCAACAAACCCAAGCCUGCACCCACGUAUGAGAGUUACACUCCCAGGAACGCUGACAAUGACAUUGUCUACCUUGCCAACAACAAAAAUGGCCGGGGGCUGACAGGGCUCAAGAAUUUGGGCAACCUGUGUUACAUGAACUCAAUAAUGCAGUGCAUCAGUAAUACAGUGGAACUGACCAAGGAACUGACCAAGUUCAACCCAAAGGAGGUCAGCGGCCGGCGUCAGAUCGCCAGUGAGGUCAGCUCUCUGUUGAGAAUACUCUGGUUGAACGACGCCCGCAUCACAUCCUGUCGUAGUCUCAAGGGAAAGGUAGGAGCGUUGCGUCAAAGCUUCUCAACAUCAGAGCAGCAAGACUCACAUGAGUUUUUAACUCUACUCAUAGACUGGCUUCAUGAAGAUCUUAAUGAGCCUUCACAUAUCAAGUCACUGGAGGGAGCGGUAGAGGACACAGGAGAGAAAGCGUGGGGAGAAUUCCAGAAAAAAAACAACUCCUUGAUCCUGAAUCUGUUCUAUGGUCAACUCAAAUCUACAGUGACUUGCAACCAUUGCCAGAAACAGUCGGUGCUCUUUGAGCCUUUCUCUAACCUCUCCAUCCCCUUGCCCACACCCCAGGACACACCCCAUGAUAAGGACAGAAGGUGCACCUUGCAAGAAUGUCUAAGGCUUUAUCUGAAAGGAGAGAAUAUCAGCGGAUGGAAGUGUCCCUCUUGCAAUACACCAAGAGAGGCAACCAAGAAACUCGACAUUACGAGGCUGCCUCCUGUCCUGAUAAUUCACCUCAAGAGGUUCAUGAAUGACAUGGUGGGUGUGGGCUGGUGUCGCAAGCGCAUGAACAUGGUUGAAUUUCCUGUCGUUGAUUUUGACAUGAAGCCUUACACACACCAAGAAAGUGAAUUGAGGUUCCACAACUACAAUCUAUAUGCUGUCUCCAACCAUUACGGCAGCAUGGACAGUGGCCACUACACAGCCUACUGCAAGAAUUAUUUACUAAACAAGUGGUACAAGUUCGAUGAUCAAGAUGUCAACGAACUGUCGCCUAAUGAAAUCAAGACAUCGGCAGCAUACAUUCUGUUCUAUGAGAGCAGCCAUAUUGAUAGAUUAUUGGACUGAAUGAGACACAUCCACUAUGUGACCAAAUGAUUGUUGUGAUAUUUUAAACUAAGUGAGAUUUAUGAAGUUGUACAGUGUAUAUUUCAAUGAAUAGUUAAUUAAAAUUAUAUUUUUAUUGUUUUCUCUUCCAAAUCUUUUCUUGAUGAGCAUAGUUGUAAAAUAAUGUACAGAUAAAUAUAAUUUUAUUUUUAUUUUUCUGUAGAUAAUAAAUAUAAGCAAUGUUCAGACAGAGUUUAUUGUGCUUUCAAAUAAUAUAUUUAUUUAAAUAUUUUUAUUUAAGAAUUAAAGAUAAAUUAUUUUUAGAAAGCUAAUGGUACUAACAAAAUGUUGAUAUUUGUUUUACAAAUAAAUAUGUCUAGAAAUUAUUAUUUCUUUAAUUCAAAAUACAAAUAGUAGAUUGGAUAAUAUAAUAUAUAUUGCAGAUUUAAUAACUCUUGAUAUUAUUUUUUAGAUAAUUUAGUUUUGAGAAUAAGUAUUAACUGUGCUUGUGGUACACCAUAAAUCCAUUAAAUCAAAAUCUCAGAAAGGUUUUGACCAUAAGUGAAACAUCUCUGUAAUUUCUUUGUAUUAAAUUUGCAUCCAAUAAUAAACAUGUUAGAUACGUCUUAAUAGACUUUUUUAUACAAGUACUUAAUUUUUUGUUGCUAUUUUAUUAUUAUUGUUGUUUCUUAAGCUAUAAAAAAUGUAUCAAAAAACUAUAAUAGUUUUAUUAUUUGUACACAGUUUAUUAAGUUAUCAAGUAUUUAUCAUAUUUAAAUCUUGUCUAGCUAUUGUCCACUUAUUUAAAAAUUAAAGUUUUAUUACAGGUUAGUUUUACAAAAAAAUUAUUCCCAUCCAAUGAUUUGUGCAAAGUUCUUCUAAGCUACUGAUUAAAUUAAUUAAUUAGAACUUGAAAAGUAUGAUAAAAUAAAACUUUUUCUAUAUAAAUGAACUUAAAUUAGUACUAAUUUUUAAUUUAAUAACAUUAAUUAUUCAUUGCUAAUUUAAAUUUGAUUAGUUAUGUUUGAGAAAAUUGGUAUUACAAUCUUUUUUAUUGAAAUAUAUGUCCUUCUUGUUGUAUUGUAAAUUUAUAUCAUUUUAUUUCAUUAUAGAAUGGAAUUUUUGAUGUUUAUUAACACCAUCUUUGGAUGAGAUUAGUAACACUAGAAGUAAUAUUGGGCAUAUUUAUUUUAUUCUCUAUAUUCUAUAUGUUAACCAUUUUAAAAUGUUACAAAAGAUGAUCAAUGUAGUAUUAUUUAUUUAGUUUAGUUUUUAUCUGAUUAAGGAAUAGAAAGAGUCAACUUCUCUGCAAAACCUCAUUAGGAAUGUAUAUUGUUAUUAUUAUUUUCCCUGUAGAGUAAGUAUGUAUUUGCUAAAUAGUCCUUAAGAUAAUAAUUACAAUGGUGGUAGAAUUAUGGUAUAUGAUUACUUUGUACAAUUUAUACUCUUUUUAACAAAAAAGGGUAUAUAUUAUCAUUAUUUUAGGCCAACAUGUUUGUAUAUUUAUACAAUUGUUAUGAAUUUUAUUUCUUUUUCUAUAGUACAAACUUCAAAAGUAACUUUUUUUUAACAAAGAAUAUUUUAAGAGAAAAGGAGAGAACAUUUUUUGUAAGGGGUUUUUCUUUUUAGUUCCUUGACAAUCAAUGUCUUUUGAAGUAGAUAUGCUUUACUUAAACCAAAAUUAAUUUGUCUAAAUUUCCUUGAUUUUUAUUUGAAAACUUGUGUUACUUUUGAUUUUAUUUUGUUACCAUAAAGUAUGGUAUUUUUAGAAUGUAUAACUAAUAUAAUUUUAAAACUAUUUGUGUUCUAUUUAGUUAUUUCUUGUAAUUUAUUACAUUUUUAUUUCAUGAAAUUAUGCAGUAAUUAACUACUAACUGAGAUAAUACUUGUCCUCUUUUACUUUAAAAGAGUAAUAUGACAGUUAAUCUAGUUUAUGCCAUAUUAUUACCUGCUUAGGAAAUAUACGUAUCUUACUAUUAGCUAUUUGAUCAUGUAAUUCCUAAAUAUUUAGGAAAUUGCAUCCAAUACAUAAAUAUAUCCAUAGAGUUGUGUUGUAUGCAACGAUAGUGUGAAAACCUUCAAGAUAUCAAGUUUUUAUGUUCCCCAAGUUUGUAUUCCUUUACUUUAUUUCUGAAACAAAACUGUGUAAAUAUGUAGUUAAAUGUAGGUUUGGUAAAAGGUAACUAUACUUGGUAAAGUUAAUGUUGCAAAAAGAUGUGCAAGAUAUAUGAUUUAUAUAAAUAUAAUACGAUCUAUUGGGUCAAUUUGUAAGACUGAAUUUAUUAAGAUUAGUGUAAAAAUAAGUGUAUUGUAUCAAUAUUUCUCAAUUUACAAUGUUUUCAAACUUUGCCUGUGGAAGAUGUGUGCCUUUGGAUACAUUUCCUAAACUAAUUUAUUGUCUACAGUCAAUAAUUUGUAUGGGUGUUUAUUGUUUUCAAAUCAGUUAAAAAAAACAUGGCCUCAUAAUUUAUAGUAAUUGUGAAUUGUUGUGUAACUGUUUAUCACUUGCACAUCAGACUGCCUGUCAGCAUUAACUGUUAACAUAACAAUGUUAAUCUCACUAUUAUAAGCAGUGUAAUACUUAGUAUUAUAGUGCUGUUCUGUAAAUAAUAAUGUUAAGUCUUGUAUGGUAUAUGUUUUAGUGUACUUCACAUUUCUCCGUUACAAUAAAUAUUUAUACAACUUGAA